UUUCCAUUAUCCAUUUGCCACUCCUUCGCACUGCUUACAUCCAUCUUCUUCCAGGGUACUAUCGAAUCCGUCUCAUGCAGCCUUGAAUAUCUACUUUCUCACUCGUCAACCUCUUUCGCAUUCCGGCCAUUUCCAUCAGCAACACCAUCCCGUGGGCUUAACAUGCACAACAAACCACUCAAUAAUUCUACCAGAAAAUCGUAUAUCACUCAGUCAAGCCUAAGCGAGAGGCAUUUGAACGGCUUUACUCCAGAUUCAGACUGCGGCGUUGAGUCUGGUACUAUACCUAUUGCCUCUGUACCACAUACUUCCCUUGUUUGCAGUGCUGAAUUUUUGCAUCCAACACCGGAGGCGGUGCUCGAAAUCUGCUGGUCUGCUAUAUCGAAUAAAAAAACUGCCUUCUCUGUGACCAGACGCUCGGCUGGCCUUUGGCCGGCUGUUCGUGCGGCUCUGGUUGCCGAAGGUAUCCGCUCAAAGGCUGUUGCCAAUAGAAGCCAGACUACCACUAAAUCAGUUAUAUGA